AUGACAGCACCACAAUCCCCUUCAUCCGCAUCCACACCCGCCAAUUCCACCGCAGUGACUCUAUCGAGUGUUCCGACAUCUGCAUUCCUCACUGGUAGCGAAUCUCCCAUUCAAAACGGGUCUAGUUCGACGUCACUUCCCUCGACUUUGAUCAGCGGCAUAAGGCCCUCAAAUAGGGCGUCUUCCCCGGUCGCAACUAGCAACGCAACUGCGUCUCCUGACGGCGCCGAUGCCAGCGCGUCCUCUCCGCGUCACAAGAGCACCGCUGCUAUUGCAGGCGGCAUUGUGGGAGGCCUGCUAGGCCUCCUACUUCUCCUCGGCUCUCUGCUCUGGCUCAGGCGGAGGCAGCGCCGGCUCAGAGUCCCGCCUUCCGCGGAGUUCAUGGGCGUAGUCGGUGCAUUCAGCCCAGAGCCGUUGCGAGCUACCCCUCGUUUCAAGCUUGCGCGUGACAGCUCGUACGAGCCGGGGGAGCCACCGCCACCCUUCAUUCCGAGCGCAUAUAGCGACCAGUUCUUUGAGAAGGAGAAGGGCGCGGGUGGUGAGGAGGAGCGAUCCGAGGGGGAGGACGACGCGGAGGGGUACAUGGAUGGAUCUAUGGACGAGACGCUGCAUGACACCUCCUCCCAUGAUGAGAAGAUCGUUGAGUCAUCUUACUGCGAUUUAGUAGGGAAUUGGACUUCUACGAAAAGGCUCGCUGCGACUGGUACCACUUGCUCCUCCGCCUUACAGACGUACUUGCAGAGACGGGUGCUGAGGGCUGAGGUCAUCUACGACCCAGUCGAGUCGAUAAUAGCAUCUGAGUGGUCAUUUGAAUCACAACAGGCGUCGAGUAUUGAUGCUCAAGCAAACGCUCAUAUAGCAGGCAUCGCCCUGUCAUCACCCCCACCCACCAUGCCACCGAUACUAGGGACGGUUACACCCGCGGAUCCUGCGGCGGCGCCUGCCAACCAACCCUACAACUACCACUGCGUAUGGUCUGAUCGCCCAAUCAUCAAGUGCAUCGACUAUCGCUACGAUGCACGAGUCGAAGACACCGAAUGGGGCCACGGGAACAUCGGUGUCCAAUCCGUCCAACACGCUCAGCACAUCAGUGCCAAACAUCACAGCCACACCGCCGCCAUUGCUGGUGGUGUCAUCGGCAUGCUGGCCGUCCUGUUUCUUGCUUCAGGCGUAUGGUUCAUGUGGAGACGGCGAGGACGGAGAAUUGCACCAUCUACCUGGUUCAUGGCUACAGGUAUUCUUCCCAAGCCUGGGCUGGUGCCUGUUCAAAGUCGCUUCGUCCGCCUUGACGCGGGCGAGGACGAGGAUCCGCCCCCUGCGUAUGAGCGGGCCUUCGAGGAAGCGGCACCGACACAUGCAGAGAGGGGAGCCAUUGACGAAAAGUCGGAGAGCAGGGUGUCAAGGGAAUAA